UUCACGGAGUCGACGUUCACAUCCGCAUUGUCAUGAAAAUGUGUUUGUUGUGACAGCGGCGAUCUACCCUGAAACCGAGCACAAAACAUGCAAUUUUAGCGGACUUUCAGCUGGUUUCUGCACUGCAUAUGACUGCCAGGGUUUUCCUGAGAUACGGUGGCCAGUGGUAGGAUCACAGGGGCCCGUUUCUGUCGGGAAAAUCGAUUUUGUUUACGGGUUCGACAACAGGCCGGUCCGUUCGGAAGGUCAAAAUGGCCAGUACUAGUAGCGGCAGCAAUAGCGCAAGGCAGUCCACGGCAGCAAGACAGCGACGAAAGCGAUCGCAGCCUGCGGUUUAUAACUACAACGGGGUGCACAAUUCCUACGAAGAUAAAGACAACGAUUUCCUGUGUCCUAUAUGUUUUGACAUCAUUGAUGAGGCACACAUGACAAAGUGCGGACACAGCUUUUGUCAUAAGUGUAUCAUCCAGAGCUUGGAGGAGAGUAACCGCUGUCCAAAGUGCAACUUUGCCAUUGAGAAGAACGAUCAGAUAUUCCCCAACUUUGCACUAAAUGAGUUGAUCUUAAAGUACCGGCAGAAAUCCGACGAGAAACGAAUGAAGCUCACCCCACCGAAUAGUCACUUCAGUGAGCUGCAGGAGCUGAUCACGGAUCAGGACAAAUGGGACCUGACGGAAGUCAACCUGAUGCUGGAGGUGCUCGUCAGCAAGAAGAGACAGCUGGAAAUGGACAGCUGGUUUACUCACAGUCAAAUCCUGAAGGAGUUUUUGGAACACGCAAAAAGGAGGAAACAGGAGCAACUAGACGAACUAACCAAGCAGAUGAGACUCUUGGAGGAGGACACCAAGCGAGUGGAGGAGAGACUCAACCAGCAUCGGGAGGUUUACGCAUCCAUGAUGUCGACUUAUUCCGUUGCACUCAACAGUGAUGAUGCCGUGGCUCCAUCCACAAGUCAUGAACAACCAAAAAUCAAACUAGAAAAUCCCUCCAGAACAGAUGGUCCACAGGAAGGCUUCAAUGGCAGCAAGAAUGGUGGCCGACAGCAGUGGUUGGACACAACGUUAGCGUCCCGAAGAAAACGGCUCUACCAUCACUUUGAGGACUUGGAGCAGUGUUACUUCAGCAUCAGGCAAAGCGACAUAGCACCUAGUGAGAGCAGAUCGAGUGAACAGCUCACACAAUUCACAGACAGCCUCUCCAAGUUCACCCGUUACAGUUCCAUCCGACCACUUGCCACACUAAGCUAUGCAGACGUCUACAAUGGAUCCAGUAUAGUCUCAAGUAUCGAAUUCGACAAAGACAACGACUUCUUUGCAAUAGCCGGCGUCACCAAGAAGAUCAAAGUGUUUGAGUACAGCGCCGUGGUCAUGGAUGCUGUAGACAUCCACUAUCCUGCCCACGAGAUGGUCUGCAACUCUAAGAUUAGUUGUGUCUGUUGGAGUGCCUAUCACAAGGGCAUCCUGGCAAGCAGUGACUACGAAGGGACGGUUACGUUAUGGGACGCGUUCUCGGCCUCCAAGGUCCGGUUAUUUCAGGAACACGAAAAGCGGUGUUGGAGUGUCGAUUUCAACAGGGUGGAUCCGAAAUUCCUAGCGUCAGGGUCAGAUGAUGCCAAAGUCAAACUCUGGUCAACGAACCAGGAGCGUUCGGUGGCCUGCCUGGAGGCCAAGGCCAAUGUCUGCUGCGUCAAGUUCAAUCCCUCCAAGAUGUACUCGUUGGCGUUUGGUUCGGCGGACCACUGCGUCCAUUACUACGACCUCCGCUACCCCAAGCAACCGCUCACUGUUUUCAAGGGUCAUAAGAAGGCCGUGUCCUACACCAAGUUUGUCAACUCGGAGGAGAUUGUCUCUGCCUCCACAGACAGCCAACUGAAGCUGUGGUCAGUGGACAAGCCCCACUGCUUGCGGACGUUCCGCGGUCACACCAACGACAAAAACUUUGUCGGGUUGACGGCCAACGACGACUACAUUGCCUGCGGCAGCGAAAACAACUCUCUGUAUCUGUACUACAAGGGUCUUUCCAAGCAGCUGGUCACCUUCAAGUUUGACACAGUCAGAAGCGUCCUAGACAAGGAAAAGAAAGAGGAAGAUGCCAACGAAUUUGUCAGUGCUGUAGCCUGGAGAACAGGUUCUAAUGUUCUAGUCGCAGCUAACAGCCAGGGCACAAUCAAAGUGCUGGAGCUGGUAUGAAACACGCCACAUCGCCGCGCCUCUGCAUUUGCGUUGUCCCUCCUGUUUUCAAGACUUGCAUCAGUACGCGCAACUUUUCUGUUUCAUGCGUUGGGGACUGGAAGUAAUCGUUCCGUCUUUGCUCCCGGAGUAAUUUGUUCCAGUAUCGUGCUCUUGUCCCAUUUUCCAGGCUGUGCCGUCUGUCAUUGUUGAGUUUGGUUACACGGAUCAAUGUCGUCUAGGAGCUGAAAAUCUUGUUAACUAGCUGUUGAGUGGAUGCUUGGACUGUUAACCACUUUUUUGGGGGGGGGGUUGAGUUGUGGAUGUUGGCUCCCGAGCAGGAGUUCUUCACAAGUCUUGGAUCAGUUCUGAUUAACAAGGAACGAUGUGCUACGGAUGAGACCGGCAACAAAGAUGGCUUGUAGAGUGCUUCCAUUUGCCACAUCACUCGCUCAAACAUUUGGCCGUCUGGUGUUAGAAUAGCCUUCCUUGUCCAAAUACACACCUGCAUCAUAUGUCAUCGACCAAUCAGCCAGGCCUGACUCUCCACGUUUGGCCAAUCAGAUCAGAGCUAUCUCUGGUAGGAAAUAGUGAUGUUUGCAGGGGCCGAGCAACGGCGGAACUCAGUGUGGUGUUACAGACCAGUCCAGCACAGUUGACCAAUCAGUUCUAUUGCGACUGCACAGUUGACCUCGGUAAUUUCUGCGCAACACUGUGACCGAAAGGACGCCCAUAAUCCUGGAAACGUCUGCUUACAGUAUUCAUCGACAAUACUUGGAGUAGGCUCUCCCUUUGCCACGUCACAUCGCAGAGAUCUCUUGGUUGCCAUCAGUAUUGUAGUCGAGUACUUUUGGAGUUCCAAGUUCUCUGCCAAAUAUUGAAGUGAUCAGGAGGGAACAAAGCUAGACAAUCAGACCAAGUACUUUAUCAAGUACUUUUCUCUCAAACUGGGAGCAUCUGAAGUCCUAAGUGUAAUCUUUAAUACCUUUGUGCAUACACCAUCCAAUGUCCUCUGUUACUUCCGACCCAGUUGGCCUGGCUUCUACCCAUAUUUGGCUUUGAACUUGAUACUCACGAAGUACGCCAAUACAAUACCGGUUGGCAUCAAAACAUUUCGUCCAAGCCCCAGUUAUGCCCAUUAGCAGGUUUUAAUUUUUUUUUUCAGAGUUUGGUAGAAGUGGGACAUUCUUGAAGAUGAUGUCUUUUAAUAGAACCGUAACUUUUGUACCAGUGAACUGCUCUUUACAUCUUACAAGGCUCUGCCUCCGAGAAUACAAGAGUUUUUUAGUUUUCCAGUAAUUCUUGAGAGCUGAAACUUGCUCGCCGCAAUCCCUAAAGUUUUGCAAGACCAAAUGAAAGUCAUUGUAUUCAUUUUUGAUAUGUAUUUAUUCACUUGCAUAAAGGCGCAACAAAGAAAAACUUGCAAAGAAGAGAUUGUGGAGAUUUUUUUUCAAAGAAAGCACGCCGAAAACAUUACAUUAUUUGCAAAUCAAAUUGUUUGGCAUUUUGCCAAAUGUCGGUGAAAAGGACUCGCCUUACAUUUUCCUUUUUCACAGUUCACCGCAGCGUUUUCUGUUGUAACCCCCCAUACAAAAUUGUCACAGCUGUGGACGUUGUGACAAGCUAAAUGAAAGUUUUCAAAGCGCUUGCUUAUCUUGAAGAAAUCUAGUUCCCCUUAUAUUGUCGUUCACACAGUAAUCAAUAGGUAUUUCUACAAUCAUACAUUGAUUUCUGAUGUGAGAAAUUGGGGACAAAUCUUACCUUUUUUUUAUGAAAGUAAAUUUCAUGCUAAAUUUCACGUCCAUUUGAGAUAAACCUUUGACUUCAGAGAAGCUGUUUUCAUCAAAACGGCAAUUUGGGUCCGAACGUUGUCGGUAAGUUUAAGUUCUGUAGGAAAAGGAUUCCGUUUUCCUCACAGAAAGUGACAAGUUGUGUUAGAAGUGGUAUCUAUUUAUAUAAAGUGUGCAAUGGAAGCGAGUGCAGCAAGACAGUUCGGGUUUGAAGAAAGGUUCGAUACUUAAUAUAUUUAUGCCAUAUAUAUGCAAAUGUAUUUUUAAAAUUCCAUUUUUUUUCUUAAUUAUUCAGCAAUAUCUGCAUAUAUUGCAACCAAGGAAUAUUUGAUUCCAAGAGUCCAAUGGCUAAAAUCUGUCUGGGGGAAAAUUUUGAAAUCGGUUCGUUUCUUGAGUGAUAGAACAUUUUCAGAUUAUCUAAGUACAUGUAUUAAAUGAAGGCCAGAAUGCAAAAUUAAACAAGGUUACUCAAGGUUUUUACCGUGGUAUAAACCUCAACUUACUUACUAGUUCUUUAAUUUUGCAUUUGUCCAUUCAGUGACAUCUACAGUGUAAGCUAGCAUCACGUUCUUGGAGCACAUUCACGUAAAUUCUUACAAAUCGUUUUUCCUCCAAAAACGUAAACAAGAACUUCCAAUAGUUGGCGUUGCAUAGUUGACAUAGUUGAGCAUAUUUCUGUUAGCCUGCGUACACCUUUUAAUUUAUUGGCAAUUUUCUGGCAUAGUGAUCUGCAUUACUGUCUGAACAAAUAUGGAUCUAUUUUUUAUAGGUCCCACCUUUAAAUAGUCUGUGGAACCCCCCGUUUUGUUCAAUUUUUUUUUUUCUACAAUUUUACUUUAUAUUAUAGGGGCACACUAGUGAUUUAAACUAAUGGUCUAUUCCGUUUCGUUGAAAUUGUACUGUACAGACUCGUUUGUAUACAAAUGUAAUAUUCUUGUAUAUAUUGUAUGAUUGACCUCAUAAAAUAAACACCAAGACAAAAGCUGAA